UGAGUUGACCUCUGUCGACAGAUAAACGGGACAAAUCAAUGGGGCCUAGCUAGGUAGCAUAGCCUUCAAUCCCUUCCUUCAUCUGGCCACUGACUGGACCGGCCACAAACACACAAACACCCCACCCCGCCUGGCCCCAUACACAGAGUGCGUUGCGUUUGGACCACAUCACAUGAUCACAUGACAUCACACGUAUGUCAGUCUGAGCACUGAGGUCAAUCAAGGAAUGCAACCCCACGGCGGAUGCGAUGCGGCUCGCGAGCGACACGAUAUUUUGAAGGACGAGCUGCACAGAUUCAUCAAUCAGGUCGGCUGCGCGGCCGACCUGAAUCUGUCGGCUGCGCGGCCUACCUGAAUCUGUGCAGCUUGUCCUUCGAAAUCCCGUGUCGCACAGCCACCAACCAACAAAGCAAGACAAGGCCCCUAACAUGCAAGACACGCAGAAUGUUCCGUCCAUCGACACACACAAUGACACUUACACCUACAGGUAGGUGUGCAUCCGUCCGCUCUUCACAUGACGCCCGCUCCUACAGUGUGUGGCACCGUCUGUGGUGCAGCCGGCCUGGCUGCUGCUGGCACAGGGGGUGGCGGUGCCUGGUUCAGCAAAGACAGCUCGGGGUCCUCCUCGCCCUCAGCCAACACAGACCAACCAUACGCCGCCUGCAAUCAACGCACAAUGGACAUGAUUGAUUUGCACCACACCCCAUGUCUGUGUGGGCACCAUAGAUACCUGCAGUGAAGCGGGUGGUGGCCUGGGGUCAUCGCUGUUCAUGUACCAGAACAUCUCCCUCACACCAUAGCCACGAUGCCCGCCAACAGCCGGCCCCACUGACGGCGGCCGCGACGAGCCGCUCGCCCCGCCCUGGAUGCUCCAGGUGUCCAAAGGCGGCAGACGAGACGACGACCCGGGCUGUGGGUUGAAGAGCUCCACAUAGGAGUUCUUCCGCGACGGUGCGGCCGUGUGUGCCGUCGACACGGCCACACUGACGCUCUUGUUCUUGUGAUGACCAUGGCCGGUGCUGCUGGGCACCGGCACGCCCUCGUGAAAGCUCAUCGACCCCUUUCUGUCGCGCGGAGUGAUGCGCCCCCCCAGAAAGCCGCCUCGACCAGAGGAGACCGCGCUGUCUGUGGUGGUGUUGCUGGUGGUCUGGUGGACGCGGUUGUUGGAUGGUGUGGGGGGCAGGGGCGGGUGGAAUCGACGGAGCGACGAGAAGAUGGCGUGAGAGAUAGAGGGGGACUCCUUGCUGUCCUUGUUAGCGCUGCUGCCACCACGGUCCCUCCCCCUGUGGGCGCCUGGCUCCUUCUCGUCGCUCAUCUCCUUGGGCGUGGUGGCCGACGACGGGACGGACGAGGGAAUGCGCGCAGACAGGAAAGGGCUUACUGGUGCAGACGAGGGCGACUCCCCCGGUGUGGGUGGCUGAAGGGUCGGGGCGGGAGGGGGUGGUGCAGCCGACGUGCUGGCACCGGGCGCAAAGUUGGAUGCGGAGAGGGAAGGCGCGAACGGCCUCUUGUGGAAGUGCAGCUGCGACGGGUGUGGCUGCUGCAUCAGCCGGGACAAGUCGGUCCACUGCUGGGUCGUCAGGGAUGAAGCCGAGUGGGGCACCGAGUCGUCGCGUGUUGACGCGCCCCCACCCUUCCUCUCCCCCUCGCCACCACCCUGCCUCCCACCACUCAUGCCGCCAUUGUGCCCGUACAUCUCUCUGUGGCCCUCGGCCGACUGCCCUUUGCCACUCCACAGCAGGUCAAGACCCCCCGCGCCGCCAUGCUGGUGUGACGACGUCCGCGAGCGCAUGAUCUGCAGGGCCGAGUCGUCCCGCCACAGCAGCCGGUUGUUGCUGUCGCUUCCGGCGCCUGCUGCAUCGUUCAUCUCGAAGGCAGGAAGGUUGGAGAGGGAGUUGACGUCCGCCCACCGCAUCAAGCCCGUGGCCGCGCUGUGCGAUACGGUCUUGCGUGGCUCCCUGCUGCUGUCGACGCCACGCACGCUGAGAGGCCCUGCCGCCGAGUCCUCCAGCCGCAUCUUGGCCCAGGGGGUGCUCCAGGUGCCGCCGUUCAUGUCGCUGGUGUUGAUGGGCGGCACCUUAUUGCGAUUGAACCCCGGCAGUGUGAGCCUCCUGCCUCCAGUGCUGCGAGACGACCACGCCAUGGGGAGUACUCCGGGUGUGGCUGAGCCGGCGGAGGCUUGUUGCGUGACGCCAGGUGGGCCGGUCCUGAACUUGUGGUGGCGGCCGCCUUUGGAUGUGGCGGAUGAGUACCCACUGGCCGGCCCGCGAUCCCUGUCUGUCCUUGGGGCGGGAAUGAACUGCUGGUGGUGGUACCGCUGCAGCAGGUAGGAGAGGUAGUCCAUGACGUCCUGCUCCUCAUCCUGACCACCACCCUCCUGGUCGGUCUCCAGCUCAGUGUCGGUGUCGUCCGUGUAGUCGCCGUCGAUCGACGACCGCUGCAGCGGGCUCUCCGUCUGCCCGGGGCCACCACGGGGCAGACUCGCGAUAGAUGAGGGGGUCGACGAGCGGUUGAGCCCGCUCUCGCGUCGUCGGGUGAUGGGGCGGGUGCGCCUGACCUUGAGGUGGGGUGGGACGGGGAAGGGCAGCCGAGGGGGGGCGUGCUGUGGCUCCUUCCUGUAGGUGUAGUAGAUAAGCUUGAAGUGGCUCUCGCCACGACGCAGGAAGUCGCUGAUCUGCCGACGACGGACGUCAGUCAGCGCACCAGUGGAGUCGCCACGGCGGAAGAGGGCCUCCCCGUCCACAUACUGCCGAUACCUUAGAUGAGGAAACAGACACACACGGGGGAUUCUUCUCAUUUCCUGGCGUGUGUGCGCGUGUGUGUUGUCCCUUUUACUUGUGCAGGUCUUCCGUGGCGACUUGUGGCGGCACCGGCAGCCUGAUGCUGCUGUCCGGCGCCGCAAUGAGUGCCGUUCCCGUCGGCAGCAGCUUCCCCGCCCUGUCCACGUAGCACGUCUCCUCGCCCUUGCCGAUCUUCUCCUUCCACACGAGGGCCGCGCACAGCUGGGCGGCCGUGGGGCAGUCCUUGGAGGGCGGGGUGCAGUUGAGGAGUGCGCGUGAGGCGGUGAGCUUGACGCGUCGGAUUGACGAGUUGAUGUGGACGUGGAUGCACACAGAGGAGCCGAGAUUCGCCUUUUUGUCGAAGGACGUCAGCUUGUGCGGCUUGUAGUAGGAGUCGAAGAGAGAGCAGGGGGGCUCCUGGGGCUCCUGGGGAGGAGGGGAGCCCUCUGCCGCCCCCUCUCCCUCUCCCUCUUUGCUCUCAGCCACGGGCGCAUCCUCCCCCUCUCCCUCCUGAGACCGUUGCUCCUCCUCUCCCUCACUCUCUGCGUCUUCUCCCUCACUCUCGUCGUCUCCCUGGUCGCUCUCGUCGUUCCAGACCACGUCGGCAAUCUCGGGUCUGACGAGCUUGACGACGGGGGGGUUGUCAGCCGGGAUGGAGGAUGUGAGCUGGUAGACGACCUUGCGUGGUGGGUCGAGGAGCUUGAGGAUGAGCAGCUGGUCGACGUAGAAGGCCAGGGGGCCCAUCCACCAGUAGCCGGGGCUGUACUCGUCGUCGAGGGAGUCAUGGUGCAGCCACGCGUCCGUGUCGACCAUCCAUGGCCGGGGGUCCCUCUGGAAAGACAGACAGACAGACAGGCAGCGUGCAGCCACAAGGCGGAUGGGAUGGGUCGGAGUGCGUGUCACGUUGGGUGUGUGCGUCCCUUCCUCCCUCCCUCCCUCCCUCCCUAGCUCACCCUAGGAUCGAGCACGCCCAGGAAGACAUUCAUGGCCUGCUGCUUCUCGCUGUCGGCAAACGAGUUCGUGUAGUGCCUGCACACAGCAAUCACCCAAACAACGCCCAGCCAUAUAGGUGAGGUCACUUGUCUGCCUGCGUGCCCCUCCUGUCUGUUUGUGAAGGGACAGCUUACCGUUUGAGCGAGGUGAGCAGCUCCUUGCUCUGCUUCAUCAUCCGCGGCCUUUCCCUUGUGUACUUUUUGUGGGCUAUCGACCCGCCAUAUUGCAGCGACAGAUGGUCCCCCAUGAGGUCAUACAGCUCCGACAGGACGCUGACCACCUGGGAGUCGAAGUCGAGCUUGGGCUCGGGCAGGAAGGCCAGGGCCGCCAGCUGGUGGGCCAGCACACAGCGGCCGACGAAGAACUGCGCCACGUUGGUGCGAUCGAGGCAGUCGACGCAGUUGGUCCGCAUCACGCCGGUCUGGACUCUCAGGGGGCGGGUGUUGGGCCUGAGUGGGGGUGGGAAGUGGGGGCGACACACGGAGGGAGGGACGCAUGUGUGUGCGUGCGUGCGUGUGUGUGUGUGUGUGAGGGGCGGUUACUUGGUGACAUAGAAGAAGCCCACUCGCGUGACGAUGGACUCGGCCAGCCACGACAGAGCCUGGUACACUGAGUCAGACUUGCUGCACACAUCACAUCACAUCACAUCACACACAUUCCCUCCCACACGUGCCACUCACUGUCCGCCCAUCUGUCUGUCUGUCUGUCUGUCCGUCCGUCCGUCCGUCUGUGUGAAUGUGGUGUAGCCCUCACCUCCGAUGUGCGUUUUUGAGGUCGUAGGCCUUGUAGAGUAUCCUGGCGUCGAGGGGCAGCUCCUGGUUGAGAACGUUGACGGCGGCCUCGAACUUCUUGCCCAGCUCGGUCUCGUCGUUGAGGUUUCUGCCGUGCUUCAUCAGAUUCACAACCAGGAUGGGCGCCCCGUAACGGGCAAACAAAUCCUAAACACACACACACACACACACAUAGAUGGAUGGAUGGCACAGACAGAGAGGGGGAGAGAAAGGGGCUUAAGACUAACCGAGAAGUGGUUCCGCGUUGCCGUGAAGUUGGGGUCCACUUUGUGGUCUGAAUGAACGCAAGGAUAGGCAUAUGCCAUCCAUCCAUCCAUCCAUCCAUCGCACCCAGCUGAUGCGUGCGUGCAAGGCAUGGUCUUUUCAGUCUGCAGACUUACAUAGUAUGGGCGGCUUUGGGACCAUUGCGCUGGCCUCCUGUGUCCAAAACACCGGCACCGACGACCGGUUCUGCACGAACGCCAUGGCCGCCUGAGACGUGCAGCUGCACGCACACACACACACACACACACAAACAAGGCUCAGGUCAAGACCGUGUGUUGUGUGUGUGUGAUUAUGUGUACCUGUCGAAGAGGAUCUGUUCGGUCUCCACGUCGUUGGCCACGUUGCCCUCGGCGUUGACGCCCCUCUUUCUGUACCUCGUGCCGGCAAACAGCCGAGACCGCCGGGCGAUCAGCACUAUCUCGAAGGCACGACCGAAACACGAACACCCUGUUGGUGUGACGAGGGAGAAACGACGUCUGGAGUGUUUGGCGCGUAGGAGGAUGUCCGUCUGUCUGUCUGUCUGUCUGUGUGGCGUACGGGCAUGAGCAAAGAAUCCGUGGACGAUGGGCAGGCACCAGUGCGCCCAGGCCGGCGCCUCGAGGAAGCGCGCCAUGAGGUGGUAGUUCCAGACGUAGCGGAACUCCUGCGCCGCCCCCCACUCGCCCAUGUACUCCUUGGGGUCGGGCACGGGGAUGCCCUGCGCCCUGCAUGAGGCGGCCAUGUAGUUGUAUUGGAGGCACUUGGAGAGGUCAUACGAGUGGCUGAAGUAGAAGUCCUUGGUAAGAUUCAACACAUUCAGCAGCUCGCGGAACCUGCAAACACACGGAUUGACCGCCCCCCUCGUGUGUGCGUGGAGUGGCGUGGGUCACCUGAUUUCCUCUUUGCGAGUGUCCUGAAGAGCGCUGUCGCCCGAGUCGUAGAGGGCGACGAGUGCGGUCUUCUCUAUGGAGUAGACGGGGUGGUGUUCGAGCACCCGGCCGACCUUCUUGUGCUUGGUGAUGAUGAAAAUGUAAUAGCCUUGGAGGAACCGGGGGAAACCUGCACACACACACACACACACACACGCAGAGAGAGAGAGAGAGAGGGAGAGAGCAGAGAGAGAGAUGCACACGGAUGUCUGUGUUGUGCUGUGUGUCGUUGUGUGCUGCUCAUCAUGUCAUCGGUCUCACUCACCGAUGAUGCCGGAGCCCUCCACCACCUUCUGGAAGCCCUCGGACUCUGAACACACCACACCCAACGCGCGCAUCACGUCCACGUCACGCCAUGACACUGACUCUGUCUGUAUAGGCCCACUGACUUUGUAUGACGGCGAACCGUUCUGCGAACUCCUUCUCUGAGUAGCGGGUCUCCCCCUCCCGCAUGACCAGCGUGUCCACCGCAUCGGCUGACGCACCCACACAUAACAUAUAUCACGACAAGACACUCGUGUGUGUCUGUCAUGAUGAUGUUGUCGUGUAUCGUGGUUGGUGUGUGUGUGUGUGUGUACAGUACCUACCUCUGCUGAUUUUGAGGAUGCUGUAGUCGUUCCUGAUCUUGUCAUGGCCCACCAGAAAUACAUGCUGCUCACAGAAACCACACACACACACACACACUGACUUCCCGUUCGUUCAUCUGUUGGCUGGCUGCGUGUGUGUCACCCACCAUGCGAUUUUGGUAGACCGUGUAGCGAUGGAAAGGGCACGGGUAGUCCUGACGCCCGAGCAUCUCCUCCACUCAUCUAACGGAGAUCUGAUGUCGAUUUAUUCUCGUCUUGUCGUUGCGCUCAUCGUCAGACAUGGCACGUGGCGCAGUGUCUUAAGAAAAC